AUGGGUUUCGGAGCCUUGAGAUCCAUAAUUCGGCCCGUAUCGCGAACCCUCCUGUCGACUCGACCCGCAUCUCAUUUCUUCCCUGCUGCGAUCUCUCCGUCUCCACCACAGCAGCUCCGCCACCUCGUCGGUUCAUUCCGCCGCAAUCUUCCUUGGAUUCCACCGCCUUCCGCCUUCCACAGCCUGACUGAAACCCGCUAUCCGAAACGCCGCCCCAGUGACAAGCCUCGACGGAAAAGAGCCAGCUUAAGACCCCCAGGGCCAUAUGCCUGGGUGAAAUAUGUUCCGGGUCAACCGAUACUUCCCAACCAACCUAAUGAGGGAAGUGUCAAGCGAAGGAAUGAGAAGAAGCGAAUCAAACAACAUCGCACAUUUAUAUUGUCUGAAAAAAAGAAGCGUAAAGCUCAGUUUCAAGAGGCCAAAGGGAAGAAAGACAUGCAGAGGGUGGAGCGAAAGAUGGCUGCAGUUGCAAGGGAAAGAGCAUGGGCUCAAAGAUUAGUUGAACUGCAGCAGCUUGAAGAAGAAAAAAAGCAAUCUGUGGCUUGA